GGGAACACGCGUCCCGCUCCCGUUUUGGCGGCCGAUUCCAAUUUCGAACUAAAAUUUGAAUUUCAGAACACGUAAUUGUUUUCGUUGAGGACGUUAAAUAAUAAUAAAGUCAACACUCGAUACCGUUAUUUAAUUUUUGGAGCAAAAAGCGCGUUGAUUUUAAAUGAAGUUGUCAGGUGUUUUGUGAAUUUUCUAGUGUUUUUUGUGUACUUUUAUUUGAACGAAAAUGUUAGGAUUUACCUUUUCAUCGCUGAUGCUGAUGCUAUUUGGGGGUGUGACCAGCCUCCGUGACGUCAAACUCCUGGUUCAUCCCACCACAGUGGUGCGAGGAGGGACAGCUGCUCUGAUCUGUUCCCGGGACAUGCAGGGAGCUCCCCUGUACUCCGUCAAGUGGUACAGAGGCAACCACGAGUUCUACAGAUACACGCCUAUGGACGACAAGCCGACACAAGUCUUUGGACUGCCUGGCAUCACAGUGGAUAUGAACAACUCCAACGGCUCGCAAGUCGUGCUGAAGAAGAUGGACCUGUCCCUCGCUGGAAACUUCAGCUGUGAGGUCACGGCUGACUCCUCUUUCGCUACCCAGAUCGCUACCAAGUUCGUGGAUGUUAUAGCGUUGCCGAGCUUGGACCCAGUUUUGAAGGCAGACAAGGAGCGCUACCAACCAGGGGAGUUGCUGAAGGCUAACUGCACUUCAUCUCCUGCGAAGCCAGCAGCCAACCUCACCAUUAAAAUCAAUGAUGAGCCGCUGCGCUCGUCAGAGACCAGUCUCCACGCCUCCGAGACUGGUCUCCUGUGGACCAGCGUCCACGCCGAGAUGAAGGUCACUCCUCAGCUGUUCGUGAGCGAGCGGCUGCGAGUGACCUGCGUGGCCUCAGUCCACGACCUGUACAAGAGAGAGGCUUACUUGGACUUCUUCACGCCUGAUACAGAUCCUAGACCUGAGAGAAAGACUUAUUUUCUCUGGACCAGCGUCCACGCCGAGAUAAAGGUCACUCCCCAGCUGUUCGUGAGCGAGCGGCUGCGAGUGACCUGCGUGGCAUCAGUCCACGACCUGUACAACGUCCACGCCGAGAUGAAGGUCACUCCUCAGCUGUUCGUGAGUGAGCGGCUGCGAGUGACCUGCGUGGCCUCAGUCCACGACCUGUACAAGAGAGAGGCUUACUUGGACUUCUUCACGCCUGAUACAGAUCCUAGACCUGAGAGAAAUAAUUAUUUUCUCUGGACCAACAUGCACGAGGAGAUGAAGGUCACUCCUCAGCUGUUCGUGAGCGAGCGGCUGCGAGUGACCUGCGUGGCCUCAGUCCACGACCUGUACAAGAGAGAGGCUUACUUGGACUUCUUCACGCCUGAUACAGAUCCUAGGCCGGAGAGAAAUAAUUAUUUUCUCUGGACCAACAUGCACGAGGAGAUGAAGGUCACUCCUCAGCUGUUCGUGAGCGAGCGGCUGCGAGUGACCUGCGUGGCCUCAGUCCACGACCUGUACAAGAGAGAGGCUUACUUGGACUUCUUCACGCCUGAUACAGAUCCUAGGCCUGAGAGAAAGACUUAUUUUCUCUGGACCAGCAUACACGCCGAGAUGAAGGUCACUCCUCAGCUGUUCGUGAGCGAGCGGCUGCGAGUGACCUGCGUGGCCUCAGUCCACGACCUGUACAAGAGAGAGGCUUACUUGGACUUCUUCACGCCUGAUACAGAUCCUAGGCCUGAGAGAAUCACCCUCAACGGAGGCGCGUCCAGGUGUUUCCUCAGCUGGGUGUUCUUGUUCUUCGUCAUGUUCCUGCCUUUCGCCAUGGGGCAGGACUUCAUCUACGAAGAUUACCCAGAGUACUACGAAAGCGACCACCCCAUUAGAUCUACUGUUGAGCGCACGCUCCUCGGCGGCUGAACUAUGGCGAACUAACUGUGUGAUACGAAUUUAAUCUGUGCGUUAGUUGUAAGACUCCCAGACUACAGACUUUUAGUCAGCCGAUAGUUGGGCCCGAUUCUAAUUUGUAUGAAGAUACCAAUAUAGAUCGUUUCAUCCACGAAGACGUGCACCACCAAUUUUUGGUCGAGGGAAGCGCGGGGUGCGGGGAGUUUGAUCCGAGCAAUCCAAGAGACAUUAUUGUAGUAUGCGUGUGCACUCAUGGAUACUUUAGCGUGUACCGAUAACACUCAAACAUUAGCGGAAGAAUGGUGGGGCGCGUCUUCGUGGAUGAAACGAUCUAUA